UUUUUCCCAUCUUUUUUCUGAUUUGGCCUUGCAGAUUUUCAACCUUUGAUGUCUGACUUGGAUAAGUUUGGUCAGAAAAGCUUGUUUGUGCAGCAGCAGUUUUGAUAAAUGUCAUGCUGACUGCAUGUCUGUGGACACUGAUGCCAUUUUCUUCUGCAGACUUUAAAACCAGGAUGAGUGUAGUUGUCAGCGUCCAUGUGUACAGUGUGCAGAAAGCCUUGCUGAAAGACAGCGGCCCCCUCUACAGCGUGGACUAUGACGCUGUCAAAGACAACCUGACAGACUGCAGCAGGUUCAGUGCGAUCCGCUGUGCCGGCGCCGUGCCCAUGACCUCCAUGGAGCUGCAGCAGGCCACACAAACACCACGAGCUGCCACCCCAGAGCCGCAAAAUAAAAAACACUGCGUGAACGGAGAUGCCAGUCUGACUUCCAAACCUCCCAACAAGCCGCCCAAAGGCAUUAUGGGAAUGUUUGCAAAUAAGACCGUAGCUAAGGUCCAGGACACGGACAAAGACAAAAACAGGGAGCAGAAGGAAGACACGGCCGUGGCAGAACCUCCAAAAAGCAACACAUCUGGAAAGUCCAGUCCAGUGAUCAACUUCUUUGGAUUUCAAACAGCAAAGAAACAUGAGAAAGCUGUGAAGGUUGAGGAACAAGCCCAGUCAUCACCAAACACAACAGAGCAGCAGCUGCAGCCAAGUCCAGAACCUGAAGACGUACAGGAAGUCGCUGCAGAGUUGCCGCCAGAAGACAUGAAGAAAGAUUGCCAAAGCAAAACCAAGCGAGCGGAACCUUCUGACAGCGAGGAGGAGAAAAUGGAGAAGAAAAAGCGGAGGCGGAUUAAGAAACCUGAGCCGGACAGCAGUGAUGAUGACGAUGUUAUUCCAGAUUCUCCACGACCGCCGCACACGAGAGAACCGACGCUGUGUCUUAGAAAGGAGGCGGAGUCUGUUUCACAUCAGAGACCUUCUGAUGUAAACGUGAGGAAGAGGAGACGCGUGCUGAAGACUCGGACCUUUGUGGAUGAAGAAGGAUGCAUUGUGACAGAAAAAGGCUACGAGAGCGAAUCGUACUCAGAAACAGAAGAUGAUGUUCCGGUGACCAAACAUGCUCCCAAAGACCCUGUUCCAGCGAAAAAACUACAAGCAAGCAGCAAAGAAGACGAGAAGAAAACUCAGAAAAAAACAGCUGCCAACAAAGGAACCAAACAAGCUUCUAUUAUGGGCUUUUUCCAGAAGAAAUAACUGAGGGCAAAAAGCCCAGAAGAGUCGGUGAGGAAGAACAAGCCGACUGAUGUUUCUGAAGCUUUUUAACGUGGGGACACGCCCAGUUCAGGCUGAUAUUUUAUUUCACACGGUCAUUACCACUGUGGCUCGUGAAUCUUUGAAAUACUUAAUAAAUACUGUUGAAAUUAAAACAUGCUGCCCUGGAGUGCAUAAAAAGGAAGUUAAAGUGGAAACAGUCCAGAAUCACAAACAGGUGUAAAAAGGAGAAAAGGAAGCCCCGCCCUCUUUAUGUCCGAAGCCAUAGCCAAGUCAGACAUCUUUCCCACAGUCAUGUGACUGAGCGUCGCAUGUAUUGUUUGUGUCAGCCGUCGUGAGGAUGUCUUAAACAUUGCUGUGUUGCUUGUUGUCCAGAUAUUUGGAACCAUUGACUGAACUCUGUGCGGAACAACGGGAUGGGGAAAACCGUUUUCAGUUCCUCUGAGUCUUUUAACUUCUAGUAGUUGAGUAAAAUAUCUGACACAACGGUACAGCUGGUCGAAUCCUCAGUUUCUGUGCUGUGAUGGAACCUGAAGCAAAUGUGUGAAAAUGGGGCGACAUAUGUAUUAGCUAUCUGAUUUGUGCUAGCUUUACUCAAAGCCACCUACAGGGUCUGCGGGUCCACUGGAGCUGCAGCUGUACCAUGUGGUGAAGGCCUCCAGACUUUACCUUCUGUUUGUAACGGGUUUUAAGAGACGCUGACGCUGGACAGAGAUUGACUUCACGUAGCAGUGGCAGUCAUGAGUCUGAGUCUUCAGUCUUUGACACUGGGGCAGAGCUUCGGGAGGCUCCUGAGGUCCCUGGGCCUUUGCUGAAUCAAGGUACACGUUUUUGGUGCUGCUCCUUCCUGUCUUACUGUGGGGUGGUGAGACUUUGAUGCUGAACACUGACCAAAGGUGAAAACUGGAUGUCCUCGUACAGGUCUCUCCUUUGGUACAUCUGGAAUGAUUUUGUGUGAAACAAGCAGCUACUUUGGGAAAUUCAAGUGUGUUUCACCUGCAUGUGAGUCAACAUCAUGUUGUCCAUGUGGUGUCUUUCUCUGGACACGGUCCAACACGCAGGUCCCUCAGUGUAUCCCAGCGACUGGAGGUCCAGGACAUGUCCACGUUUCACCUGUGGCAGAACGAAGGUUAACUUUGUGAGGUGGAAGUGCACCAGCUGUCAGCCCGGGUGGUUGACGUCCAGGACCCAAUGCGGUUCCACUGCUGCUCCCAGACGCCACCAUAAACAUCACAUGUAUUAUGUCACUAAAAAGACGCUGACUCCAUCUGAAAACGAGUCCACAGGAAAAGUUUAACCGUGAAUAUUUCACCAUUUUUAAUGUGUCGUACGACUUGUACCCCAAACCUUCGUUUAGAUUCGUGCAGUAAGUUGAUGUGUGUCUGGUGCUGCCAGUGUUCUUCACCAGCCCGGCUAGUUCAUGUUACUGAACAGCUCCAUUGUCCACAUACUUUUAUUCUCCUGGUUCUAAAAGUUCCAGCAGACAAUGUGGUCUUUGGACUCGCUGUGACAGCCAGACCGCCGGCAGCACCGCGCCCCGCCACAGCCUCCCUCAAAAGACAAGUGGGCCAGUCGAACUGGUAUUGGGAUUAGCCGAGCACUCCGCCAUGAAAAACGAUAUCCUCCAGUGUUCCAGGGAGUGGUCCGAACACGUGUUCUCCCACGGCUCGGCUGGGUGAGGUCGGACCUCCAGACGCUCACAGCUACACCUCCCUGAGUCACAGUCCGGUUUGGGGACCGUAAUGUCUACUUCUUACUAAUAUUCCACUUCAGUUUCACCCACACUGCUCGACAUUAAAACAGCACUGAAGCCAUAAAAGUACUUUUUUUUUAUCUCCACAAAUCCAGUAUAUACAUUUAGAUCUAAUGCACAGAGUGAACCCCCCCCCCCCGCCAAAAAAAACCCUCAUAAAAACUAAUAAAUACUACAAACUUAAAGUUCAGUCACUGUAUGAACAUUCCCCAAAGUUUAUCUUGGUCACUUUGUGUCAUGUUCUUUCCAAAUGGUUGGAUUUGUUGGUGAAACAGGCCUCCAGCCAAAAUGUCUUUCCCUUGUUUGGGGAAGACGAUUGUUCCAAACGUCUGAAGGAUUUAUUAUCAUUUUUAUGGGUUCUGGGUUUUUUUGGGGGGGGGGUCACCCUGUAUUUAGUGGCAGUCACCCUGUAUUUAGUGGCAGUCUGGUAUGAUGUGGCUGACGUCACUAACGAUGUGUCCUGCCGGUGUUAACCAUCGACUGUUGGGUGUUGACACAGAGUGUUGCCAUGUGGAGUAUCAGAGGCCUGGAAAUGGUGAUGGUGCAGGUUGACUUCUAUCACAUUAUUUGUCGAGAUGACGCAGAUCAGAUUCUGGUCAGAUCUGGUCCUGGCUUGUGGUGGGAGUUCAUCCUAAUGCAGGUGUGACAUCACGAUGCCGCUGUUGCAGUCUUGUUUGUACCUGAUAAUGGCUGACACCCAUCUGGCAGCCAAAGCAAAGUUUUCGGAUGUGUAGACACUAGACAGCUAUAUUCUUGAAAUUGGACAUCCAGGUCAGUGGUCAUGUGACCUGGACACCAACACAGCUGCCAUAUUUGACAAGGUGUAUGUGGAGUGAAAUAUGUAUAUAUGAGUCUAAUGUACAUAUGUGGGGACUUGAUGAUUGUAAACAUCUGAGUAUUCCAUAGGAGGCCGCUGUGUAGGACUUCACCCACAUGUUUGAAGCCCAGCAACACUGAUUUUUCUGUUAUGUUGUGCAAAUUCCUCACUACCUAACUGAUCUUGAUACUGGUGUUUUAUUUUACAAUUUACAGUUGCCUUAGAAACCUGCUAACAAAUACAAACUCUCCUACGAGGUGAAACCCCAUUGUCAUACCGUUUCUGUCCGUACAGUUCCAGUUGGGAAACACGGCGGCCAGGACGCACACACGCAUCCUCCUGAGCUCCUUGAGGUUUUGUGACUUUUAUUAAAGUUUGGUUGCUUGGGGGCUAAAGUCUGAGGAUUGAAAUCACUUUGUCCAUAUUAUGUAUUUUUAUUAUUAUUAUGAUGAUGAAAUUUGAUGUUUAAGGUUCAGGGC